CCGAAAUGACAGGGUACACUAUUCUAAAAACAGAGAAUCUUCCCGAUUCUUUGAAGGGCAAACCAAGAUGGAUGAUAUGCAUGGUGUUCACCGCAGGCCUCCUCAUAAUGACGUUAUCAGCGACUGCAGCUGGUGUCUUCAUUGGCUACACGUAUUGCUAUGUCGAACAUCGGACCGGCUUCAGAUCUGCAGGUAAUAUCUCACAGGCGCAAGAUAUUCGCACAUUCAACGUUCCCCUUGGAGACGCCGCAGAAGAUAAUUCUAUAAACAGGGCGAUUGUUUCCAGCCGACUAGUCCAAACGAUCAUGAGAAUUGGACACCAGAUAUUGAGUGAUAACCAUUCUUGCUCACCAGGACUGAAAUCUAACAUCUCGAUAAAGGAAAGCAUUGAAAAUAAAUUUCAAAAACUCUUGACGGUUCAAUAA